UCUCAAAUGUACCUUUACAACUUUAUUUUUUGACAAUAUUCAAUUUUUUACACAAUAAUCAAAAGCAUUAACCCCGGGAACAUCUCUUUUCUGCUUUUAAAAUCAAAAAUUUCAAUCGUUAAUAAUUAUAAUUAUUGAAUAGUGUAUAAGUAUCCACAAAAUGGCUCAAAGUCGAUUGGAAAAAGUUGGGACAAUUUAUUCCAGAGUGUGUGCUCUUAUAAAAACCGGAGUAAUGAAAGAAGAAACUAAGCCGGUGUGGUUAGAUAUCUACAAAGCUUUUCCUCCAAAGUAUGAGCCAUCUUAUGACAGAAAAACUCCAAAUGUUUUAUUAAGGCAAAUUUUCUAUUCCGAAGAUGUAAUCAGAGCUAAGUUUCACAAGGAAUACAAACAGUAUUCUAUGGUUAAUUUAAUGGAUGAAACAUCGGUAUCUAAGACUGAGCACUUUCUUACAAUUUAUAGACAGUUAGAAAAAGAAAAUGUACCCGCAGAUCAAUUAUAUGAUAAAGCAGUUACAGAAUUUUUAAAUAAGUUUAAAACUGAAAAACCUCAGAAAGAAACAGGAGACCUAUCAAAGUAUCCAGGAGAAUAUCAAGUUACUGCAACAAAAUACGCGAGGACGAGCAAAACAAGUGAACAAAGUACAAGUACUAAUUCUAAAUCACAAGUCGCAACAGAAUCAGAAGUUGAAGAUGAAACAAAAAUCAAACCAAUUAGGCUUAGACUUGAUAAAAUAAUGAUGGAAAAGGAAGAUAAUCCCGUUGACAAACCCUAGUUAGACACGUAUUGUUAUAUAAUUUUAAGUUAUCAUAAGUUUACACGAAAUAAAGUUUUCUUUAC